UCACUGUACGCAGCGAGACGCCAGCAGCACAAAAAUCGCAAUAAAACAAAAGUAUUAAAUCACGCCUAAAGUUAGGUCGACGUCGACCAUGUCCAGUGCCGCGAAUCCCAGUCCGAGUGUGUUCUUCCUGUUUCCGCUGUCAUGGGGCCCGCGAUUUUAGGACCCACUGCUGCCCGGGCAAUGCGCAUUUUCCUCCGUCAUCGUUAAUUGUGUGUGGAGUACGAUUCACUAGUACUACAACCGAAAACGCAGAAAAGCGAAUAGCAAAAAAAACACAAAUCGCGAGAGGAUGAGAACGCCAGUGCUUGGAUAUAUGGAUAUAGUGCCAGUGCCAGGGAAAGUGCGACGAGCAACAACACAAAUCGGGAGUGAACAAAGGCGUAGAGAUAAUACUACGUACAGUGUAUAGGCGUUAUCCUGGUUUCUCUGCUAUUCGCCGUCCCGCUCCCACUUCCAUUCGGCCUUGGGCGCAAGCUGGUGUGCGUGUGCCCCGCGUCUGUGUGCGUGCCGUGUGUGUGUGUGCCGUGUGCUUGUGAGUGAUACGUAUCCUGAGCAAAAUGCCGCCAUCCCUGAUUGCCGUGUCCGAAUUUGUGGAGGAGACGCGCUCCGACUACAGCUCGCCAACCACCUCCACCUUCGCCUCCCGGAUGCCCGACUGCCGCCACACUAUUGGCGUACUGGAGGAGCGAUUGGAGUUUGAUCGGGAGGGUCUAACCAAGCUUAAAAAGGCGGUCAAGGCCAUCCACAACUCGGGAAACACACAUGUGGACAAUGAAAUGUUUAUGGUGCGGGCAUUGGAGCGUCUGGGUGGCAAGGUCAUCGAACAGGAUGAGCCGGACAUUGGUGCCGCGUUCCUCAAGUUCAGCGUGGUUACCAAGGAGCUCAGUGCGCUGAUGAAAACCCUGAUGCAAAACAUCAACAAUAUUGUGAUGUUUCCGGUGGACUCGAUGCUAAAGAGCGAACUGCGGGGCGUCAAGGGCGAUAUGAAGCGGCCCUUCGACAAGGCUGCCAAGGAUUACGAGGCCAAGUUCAUCAAGAUCGAGAAGGAGAAGAAGGCCCAGGCCAAGGAGGCGGGCAUGGUGCGCACGGAGAUCGAUGCCGCCGUGGUGGCCGACGAAAUGGAGAAGGAGCGCCGUCUCUACCAGCUGCAGACCUGCGAGUAUCUGCUCAAGUACAAGGACAUCAAAACCAAAACGGGCAUCGAGCUGUUGCAGCACCUCAUUGAGUACUAUCAUGCGCUGAGCAACUACUUCAAGGACGGUCUGCAGACGAUCGAGCACUUCGGCACCUACAUCGGCGAUCUCAGCGAGAAGCUGCACGAGAUUAAGCAGAAGCAGGACGAGGAUCGUCGCAGUUUGCUGGACCUGCGAACAGUCCUGCGCAGCACUCCGGACUUCGAGCGGGUGGACAAUGUGCCGUCGUCGGAGAGCCGGAGCGGAGGAGCUGGCUACUCCCUCCACCAGUUGCAGGGCGACAAGCACCACGGCGUCACCCGGCAGGGCCACCUGCUCAAGAAGAGCGAGGGAAAGGUGCGCCGCGUGUGGCAGAAACGACGUUGCCGGGUCACCAGCGACGGCUUCCUCGACAUCUUUCAUGCGGACGAGUCCAAGCCGCCAACGCGGGUCAAUCUGCUCACCUGCCAGAUCAAGCCGGUGCCGGAUGACAAGCGCGGCUUCGAUCUGAUAAGCUACAAUCGUCCGUAUCACUUUCAGGCGGAGGAUGAGGGCGACCAGAAGGCCUGGAUGGCCGUGCUGGUGAACUGCAAGGAGAAGGCGCUGACCAAGGCCUUCCAGCACGCCAAUCCGCAGAUGAGUCCCAGUCUGGUGGAGCUGCAGAAGACUGUGAUCCGCUACGUUCAGCUGCUUCCGGGCAACGAUCGGUGCUGCGACUGUGGAUCGCGGAACGAUGUGACCUGGAUCAGCCUGAACUUUGGCAUCCUGGUGUGCAUCCAGUGCUCUGGCGUGCAUCGCGACCUGGGCGUGCACCACUCGCGCAUCCAGAGCCUCACGCUGGACAACCUGACCACGGCCAACCUGCUUAUCGCUCGUGCCAUGGGAAACAGCACGCUGAACGACAUUAUGGAGGCAAAACUCGGCAGGGGCAAACUCCAGCACGAGAGCAGCAUGGAGGAGCGAUACGACUUCAUCCGCGCCAAGUAUGUGGCCAAGCGCUAUGUAAUGCGCACCUGCUCGGAUGACAACGACUUGCGCUGCGAUUUGGAGCAAGCGGUGGUCAAUGCGGACAUGAGUCAGCUGCUCCAGGUGUGGGCGGAGGGAGCGGAUCUCACCUGUUGUCUGCCCAGCUCGGAUGCUGGCGAGACGGCCCUCCAUCUGGCCGUGCUGCGCGAGAUGGGAUCCACGCUGCAUAUAGUCGACUUCCUCAUCCAAAAUAUGCCGCCCAAGGGUCUCAACAAGGCCACCAAUCCUGCCGGCCUGCUAGACGUUACCGGAAAGAAUACGGCGCUGCAUCUGUGCGCUCUUCAUGAUCGCAGGGAGUGCAUGAAGCUGCUGCUCCGCUCGGGGGCGGAUUACGAGCUCAAGAACUCACAUAAUAAGACAGCGCUGGAUAUUGCCAAAGAGAUGGGACACAAUAGCUGCAGGGAGCUGAUUGAAUGUGCCAUUAAGCGGGAGAAGAGCGCCUUCGACCACAUCAACACUGACUGGAAUCUGCCCAACGAGGAUGGUUCCACGGAUUUCAGCGACGAUGAGACGGUCAUCGAUGAGCGCAAAUCCCGUUCGCGUCCCCCCAGUUUCGCUGGCGGGGACUCGCCUGUUCUGCGCUCACGUUCCUCCACUUGCGACUCCAUACAGUCCAGUUCUAGUCCAAUCGCCAACUGUCCGAGCCGCCAAUUCACGCUGCCCUCGGGCCUGCCCAGCUACACACAUUCGGCGGGCACAUCGCCCAAGCAGCACAUCAGCGUGGGCCAGUACCUGGGCAGUGCCACCAAUGUGGGAGGCGGUGGGGCCGGAAACGGUGGCUCCAGUCCCAGUUCCGCUUCCAGCCAGAGCGUCCGCGCGGCGCGGAACAGCCUGAACAUGCAGAGUGAUCUGGGCGGUCAUGUGACGGGCGCCCGGAAGUCCACGUCCACGGCCAACAUGAACUCGCUGAAGAAGCGUACGGCGCCGGCACCGCCGCCCGGAACACUGGGCAGCGCUUCGUCCAGCUCCUUCUACGGCACAUUGCCCCAUCCGCCGCGGCACUCGCAAAACUUCGAUGCCAACGACAUUCGCGCCAUCAAUCACAAGAACCAGUCGCUCGACGUGGCGUACGGCACGCUGCCACACCUUCGGAGUGUGGAGAGCAGUCCUCGGGGUGGAGGUGGAGGAGGAGGAGGAGGAUACGGUUACGGCGUGUCUCAGGAUCCGGGCGGAUCGGGCAACGGGAGUAACAACAGUCUCAUGCCCGCCAUGACCACCUUUGGCCACAAGCGAUCGCCCAGCGGUGAGUCGCUGAACCGAAAUAUCCAUUUGGCGGGCGCCAAGCUGGUCCUGCCGCCCACCGGCGAGUUGCCCACGCUGAAGCAUGUGGACAAAUCAGCGCUGACAAGGCCAAAGAUUCCUCCGCCAGGUCCGCCAUCUGAGCGUGAAAUUUCAAACGGACAAUCGAACGAGAGCAUCAGUUCCAUGGACGAGGGUCCAGUGGCGCCUCCCCGCAAGCGCAAGCAACAAAUCAUCGCACUGAGAUGCCAGGCCAGCGAGGAGACGUUGAUCAAUCAGUCGGCCAACUUCCCUGACUAUGAGUCCUGGCACACGGAUAUGGACAGCUCUGGCGGCGGUCUGGAUCACUCCGCCGAGUCGAAUGUGUCCUCGAGCGAUAACGAUCGACUCAACUCUUCGCCAGACAAUCCAUCGAAAAGCGGUGGAGCAGGUCCAGGCGGGAAGUUCCACUAUAAUGGUCAACGGCGGUGCCGCGCUCUGUAUGACUGCGUGGCCGACAACGAUGAUGAACUGGAGUUCAAGGAGGGCGAGAUCCUGAUCGUGCUGAAUGAGCGCACCGACGACGAGAACUGGAUGGAGGGCAUCAUCGAGGGACAGCCAGCCAGAAAGGGCAUGUUUCCCGUCAGCUUCGUGCAUAUGCUGCCUGAUUAAUCAAUCUUUUGUUUGUGCUGAGUGUGUGGCUGCGCGUGAUUGUAUAUAGAUAUAUAUACAUAUAUAGAUAUAUAUAUAUAUAUAAAUAUAGAUGUGUGUAUGCGUCUUUUUAAAUUCUAAUGAUAUAUAAGACAAGUUUUUAUUUAUUACAAGCAUUUUAUCACAAAGCGUGCGACUAUUUAUUUGCCUAAGACUAAACAUGUAAACGUCUCAAGUGAGCCACUAUUAGCCUAGAAGCCAAUUACUCAUUUACACUUGUAUUUCAAUCAGAUCCUUUUAGUAGAGAUCCUUGCUGUGCAUUGCCUGCCCAAAGUUAGCGCCCGAAUGAAUUGCUUUGAUAACUGAAUAUAUAUCCUGUAAAUGCUGGAAUUCGUACCGUAACUAAAUAUAACUUUAUCUUAGCCUAACACGCUGUGCGCAAAAGUUACUCAAUGUCAGAUGAGUUGUCAGGAGCUGAAAUUAUGUAUUGUAUGCUUAUACUAUAUGCUGCCAUAAACAGAUACUAAUGAUAUCCACAUGAGGCCCGACCUGGUCGGGAUCUUGGCUUACACUCGUACUCAAGUAUUCUAAAUCUGUUGUUGAUGGUUUGACGAAGAGUUUAUAAAACAACGUUGAAAGAAAUAUCAAUUUACCCAGACUAACCCAAUUCAAAAGCCACCAAUGCUAUUAUAAAGAAAAUCGAGCAUAGUUAUGCAAAAAGGAUAAUAUAAACCCUUUGUACCUAGAAGUUGUUACCAAUUAAGUACCCAAUAUAUAAAAGUAUUUAAAUAUUAUAAACUAUGUACGAGGUAUCUACUAUUGAGACUUGUUUGACACAUAUGAUCAUUUUGAAAAUCUAAACUGUACAUAAUAAUUUUUUUUAGGACACCACACUCUUUUUCUUUUCACACAUUUUGUACACACGUUUCAGUAUUUAUUUAGCAAAACCUUAAAACAUAUUGAUAUUAUAUUUAAGUCAAAUAAAAGGAAGAACAUAACGCUUAUUACAAAUACACAUAUAUAA